ACGACGAAACGACAUGUCAAAAUAUAAAUAUCAAUUCAAUGUUGGUGUAAAAUUGUUUAACUAAGAUUUAGAUAAAAAUGGCUAGUGCAAACAGACAAUAUGAUCUAACUACUGCAGACUUCGAAGUAUUCGGUAAAGUGCAAGGUGUCUACUUCAGAAAGUACACGGAAAGAAAAGCAACUGAACUUGGACUUAAAAGAUGGGUAAUGAAUACUGCUCAAGGUACCGUUAUCGGACAACUCCAAGGUCCUCAGAAUGCAAUUGAUGACAUGAAAAUAUGGUUACAAAAAAUCGGAAGCCCUAAAUCGAAAAUUGAAAAAGCUGCAUUUAGAAAUGAGGGAUCAAUAAACAGUUGCGCUUUUAGAGCUUUUGAGAUACGUCGAUAAAUAUUCUUAAAACUUUUAUAAUUUGUAAUACUUUUUGUAAUAAAUA